CUUGUCCCGAUCAGCCCCAGAUCGCCGCACCGUGCGCGCGGACCCCGAGAUUCCUCCGGAAUUCGAGAUAUUUGCGGAAUCCGUCUUUUUUUCAUCGUUUUCGGGAAAAAGCGCAUUGUUCGAGUGCUCUCGCGCCGAAGGCAUUUCCGAAAUGUGAUCGCGCUCCAUCUGGCGGCGAGGCGCGUUCGACACGUGAUUUCGCCUCUUAUCGGCUCUAGGAUUCCCUAUAGUUUAUCAAACUUUUCGCGGCACCCAAGUGAUCCUUAUUUUCUUCUCUGUACAUACUUUCCUCUCCCCCCCUUUUCGUUGUGAUAACGCAAUCCAGCUUAACUUCGACACUGUAUUUUUGGCGUCAAGUGCACUGAUUAUCUGUGACCAAAAUUAUCGGACGCUGAAUUUUGUUACUCGCGGCAGUGUAUUUUGCAGUUUUGUGAAUAAUUUUCCACGAUCCUUCAGAGCCGUUCGGGAAUUCUCUGACGUUGAUCAGCCUGAAAGUUUUGUGCGUCCAAAAAGUUCUAAACACUUCCAGAGAGGAUACUGAUUCGCUUCCCACGAGUGUUUACCUUCAUAUUGAGCUCCGUCGGCAUCAGCUCACCGAAUUAUUGUGUUUUCUUUUUAUCAGCUGAUAAAUAAAUAACGCCUGGAAUGUUCGUUCGCCGUUCACCAAGAACACCGUGUUGUCACAAGCAGAGAAAGUGGAUUUGAAAAGUUUGUGUACUUCGGAAUCCGUAACGCUCACGUUCGGGAAAAUAUGUUGGAUUUUUUGAGCUCUGUCAGCUGAUUGUUAUCGUUCCGUCUAAUUUUCGGCUUAUUUGACCUUUUCAUAGAAUUUUGUAUUUCGGAUUUGAGUUCAAAACGCGUUUAAUAACUGAGAGCAGUUUUUCUGGGUGAUUUACAAUAACAACAUUGACUGUGUGGUUUUCUCUACCUCGUCACGUGUGAUUUUCUAUUUAUCUGAAGUUAUUCAAUUUUGAACUUUUAAAGCACUUUUUCUCUUGAAGUGAUACUCCCUCCGAUUCCCGACUGAUUUCUUUUUUCGGUACAAAAGUCUUUUCAGCGAUGUGAGUGCGCGAGUGAUAUUCAAGUUAUUACCUCGAUUGGCCUUUUCUCCGGGGAAAGGCACAGCGCCCAGUGGCGUUUUCGUUUUUAAUGUGUUUGUGUGUGUGUCAAAAUUGAUCGGUAUCAAAGAAUGAGCUGCCCGGAAGUGGUGUACCAGACGUACUACCCGUACUUAUAUCAAAGACCGAGUACAUCCAGUGCUUCCGCGGCGCGCACGGCACCCUUCCCACCUUUCCACCAGUAUGAGCGGUUAAAUGUACAAAGAUCUCUGGAGCAGCCAUCGACGUCAUCGGAACCGGUAUAUCUGCACCACCAUGCAUCGUCACACCACAGUAGCGCUGGCUCAGUUAGUUCGGGCGGCGGGGGCGUUGGUAGCCCCGGCUCCCCUCCCCCACCCUCCAGCGUCAGGCAUAAAGACGAGGACGGCUCGCCCAGUGUCGAAGGUGCGGGGGCGUCAUCGAGUGUGGGAGGAGGCGGUGGAGGUGGAGGUCAAGGCGGCGACGAGGAGGGGGAGGAGGAGAGGAGCACGGCACAGUACGUCUCGACCAAUUGCGUCGUGUUCACGCACUACACGGGUGACGUCGCCUCCGUCGUGGACGAGCACUUCUCGCGCGCCCUCUCCUGCGCCGCCGCCGCCGCCUCGUCCGCCAGUCAGGACUCAAAGUCUUCAUCUGCUUCCGCCAAAGAAUCUUCACCUAUGUCAACGCGAAACUUCCCUGCUUCGUUUUGGAAUAGCAAUCACCAAGGGGGUAUGAGCACCCACCACGGGGAUCUGUAUGGAGACCCCAUGUACCACGGCGCCAGCAGCGCUGACCCUUGGCAUUACCAGCAAUACUCGGCUCAUCAUCAUAGGACUGUUCACGAAUACCACCACCAUCACCACCAUAACAUGGCGCAGUACGGUGGGCUGAUUCUGCCGCCAACGACGCGACUGCCACCCCACGUGACGGCGCCUCACCAGUACCACACGAAGCCGGGCGUCGAAGCGUGGACCUCGAGUCAGCACCACCGACUCCACCACGAUCAGGCCGCCUCCCACCAUAGUCUCGAAGCCGCCACACCUAGUUAUGCCUCCUACCCUUCUAUGGCAGACCAGGGAACCUCGUGGUCGAGAGACGGUGUCUACGGAGUGAUGCCAUCUAGUUUUCAAACAUUUUAGUCAGUUGAUUGAUCAGAACCAGAUUUUAGGUUGAGAAUUCCAAAUUUCGGAACCUGGUUUUGAUAAUAAACCGAAUAACGGUUGUUUACAUUUAAGUGAAAAAUCAAUAGAUCGAUUGCAAAAAAAAUGUUUCAAUAUCUAGUGAUUCUUUGCUUCGGUGGUAUUCAGUCAUUCUGAAUAAGUUGUUGACUAUUUCAUUCCUAAAGUGAUGAAAA